AUGCGGAAGAAGCCCAGGCCGCGGAGGCUGCGGAAUCCGUGGGAGGAUGCCGACGUCUCUCGGCAGGCGGGGACCAGCGCAGAGGCUGGGCGAGAUGCCGAUGUGGCUGGCGGGAGUGGGCAGGCGGCCAGCAGCGGCUCCGGCCCUGAGUGGUGCGGAGAUUACGUGCUGGGACCCUUGGAGGAGGGUGUGACAGGGACCGGCAGGCGCGCGUUCAGGGCGGUCCACAGGCAUCACGGGCACACAGUCCUGCUGGAGCAGCUUCCGGGCCUGCCGGAGCUGCACCAGAAUCUGGACCGCGCCUACGAGGCCCUGCAAGCCCUGAUUCGGAGGCUGCGCCACACGCGCCACCAGAACGUGCGCAACGUGCUGGAUUGCUUCUGUGCGGGCGGGACGAUCGUCGUGUGCCACGAGUGGGAGGGCGGCGCGCCCUUGGGCGAGUUCGCCAGCACGUACGGGCCCCUGGAAGAGCGGCUGGCCGGAAAAUUCAUCCUCCAAACGCUGGAGGGCCUCAAGUGCCUGCACAGGCUGGGGCACCACCCCCGCGUGGAUGCCUCCUCUGUGGUGGUGGUCUCGGGCCAGGCCAAGGUGGCCGCCGCCGUCGCGGACCUCCUGCCCGGGGACGGCGCCAGACAGGCCAGCGAGGCAAGCCUUCGGGGCCUAGCCCUUGCGCUUUUGAACGACGGGAUGUCGCAGGACGCCAAGGACUUUGCCCGGCUGUGCGAGAAGGGCGCUGGGCUGCAGGAGCUGUCGGGCUGCGCUUUCCUCGAUCGUGCCUCGCUUCGUGGGCGGCGGGGGCUGAAGAGGCAGCCGGCGGAGCGUGUGUCGGGGCUGGGGCCCUUGUUGAAGAGGCCGAAAUGGACGGUGGGCAGCAACUGCGCCUCGGAAGCGAACACGACGGGCACCAGCGAACGGGCCGGCGGUGCGGCGCCCUGUGCAGGGCUGGCUGCGGGGGAGUGCCGCAGUGGGCAGGCUGGCGACACGAGUGCGUCAUCGAAGCACUGCACGUCACCCACCCUGGCCUCGCGUGGGCCUGUGCGGAUUGUCGUGGAAGAGGAGGACAGGCCAGCCACGAGUGAGCCCCGUGAGAUCUGUGAGGAAAACCAUGUGUCUGAGGAUUUGUCAAGGGAUGACUUGGGAGGUCCAGACUGGCCAGGACCUGGGUCAUCCAGAGCGAUGGAGGGUCAUAGACAGGAAUUUUUGGAUGGCCAAAUAUACAGCUGUGGAAUGUGGGAGGAGCAAGAAGAGCGAAGGGAACAAGUAGGACAAGAGGAGCAUCGGGGCCAAAAUGAGGGGGGAGAGGAAGAGCGAGAGAAGCAGCAGGGACUGCCUGGGCAACAAAAAGAAACAGGAAUGGGACAGACAGCAGUGUCAUGCUUGGCAGAGGCACUGGGGGAGGAAAGAGAUGCAUGUUUAGCAGCAGGCGCGGGGACAGUUCCAGGGGUGUGCACUGCUGGUGCUGAAGGAUCAGGAACAGACAGGGUGACAGUGUCGGAGGGAGUGUGCACAGCAGGCACUGCGCAACUUGCAUGCUCAAGUGACUGCAUUGAGCUGUGCUCUUCAAGUUCCAGCGAUGAUCUUGAGGCAGGUUCGGCCAGCCCAUGCUCUGCACAGCAACCUUGCAGCUCUGUGGCUGUGGUAGGCAGUGGGGUCAUCUCUAAACCUGGACUGCCACCGCGACCAGGAGUAGUGUUGAAGGGGAUGGCCAGUUGCAGUCAGGGCGAUGGGGAAGGGUGCAGCACUUGCCCAGAUCAUGCAAAACCUGGGCGACCACGACGGAAAGCCAAGCAGGUGGGGAGCGACCACCUCAUGGCCAAGCAAUUGGACGAGAAGCUGAAUAAAAGGGGGACCAGCUCAUUCUGCCUCAACAAACAUAGGCAACCUGGCGCCGAAGCCCAGUGCAUCAUCGAACUCACAAGCCAGCGAAAGGAACAGAUGUACAAGGGAGCAAUCUUGGCUGAAAGAAAUGUCCUCAUAGAGCCAAAUGCGCCCGGCGGAAGGCUGGACUUUGAAUAUACGAUACUCCUGGUGGAGAGUCACAGACCCCUGAACAGUAGCAUCAAAAAGGGCACAUGCAAGAGAGUGCUACGGGAGGGCUGUUCCUACCAAGUGUGGGCUGGGCCACUGCCAGAGAAAGGGAAGGGGUGGGGUGUCAUUGCCAUGGAACGCAUCCCCUCUGGCCACUGUGUAUUUGAGUAUGCAGGCGAUCUGCAGACCGAAGAGGAGAUGCAGAAGAGGGCUGGGGAAGUGCAGCAUACUAAAUACAUAUAUGACUUUGACUACCCAGACCGCACAGACAUUCAGAGCCUUACAACCUCCAGGAGGGGUCAACUGACGUGCAUUGAUGCCUGUGCAAAGGGAAACGUCAGUCGAUUUGUCAACCACAGCUGCGACCCAUGCAUGGAUGUCAAGGAGAUGACGCCCGACAUGGUGAAGCUUUGCAAAAAGGAGGGUGGUGUCCCAAGAAUCGUCUUCCAGACUCUGUGUGACAUCGAACCGGGACAGGAGCUCACUGUCGAUUACUUUCCAGGUCUGACCAGGGAACAAUUGGCGUCCUAUGAAGACAAGACCCUGUGUCUGUGUCGCUCAAGCAGAUGUAGGGGCUGGGUGGUGACUAUGGAUCCAGAAGGGAAGGACGAUGAAAGUGACACCCCCGAUUCGGCGCCAUCCAGGCUUGCCACAUAG